ACUCGCUAGGAAUGAAUCAAAAUGUACCAAGGCAAGGACCAAGCCAAAGAUUAACCUUUCCGCUAGAGGAAAAUUGGCACUCGGACAAUGGCUGGAAGCAUUUUCACUAUCUCUGUUUUAUUCACCUUGCAUCCUUGAACCGAUAACCAUCUUGGUAACAUCAUGGCCUGUACUGAGACCACAUCUGUAUCUUUCCUCACCGAUAACCAUCUUUCGGCUAACCUACACCUUAUUGGGUAUUUUUUCUCAGGGCACCUGAUGUAUUGUUGUUGAGAUCUAUCAUGAAUUCAUGAAUACGUCCAGACGAUGCAUGGCAUAUCUAAUUUAAUAGGCGGUGGACUGAGGAGACGAAAGGGGAGAACAGUGUCGUCCACGACAGGAAGGCAAAUAAUCGAGGCGUAGUAAAGAAAGGAUUCUCGAAUCUGGACCGAGGUGAUGACAAAAGUCUGCGAAAAAACGAACGGCGGCCGAGACUGUUGUUGGCUCACCUUGCUCCCCGGCAACCGGGUAGGGACUGAAAUUAGAACUUCCUCGGAGGCCGGAGAUUUGAGGAAGAAAAGAAGGGAGGCCGCCGCUGCUGCUAAAUCUGCAAGGGCUAAAUCUGCUCGGCGGUGGGGCCGGGCCUGAUUCUGGGAAAGGGAAAGGGAAAGGGAAAGGAGGCGGCCGUCUACGGCUGGACCGUAGCAAGGGAGGGCGAUCAGUGGCGGACAGUUUCGCACAUCCCUUCAGCGUGAAGAUGUUGUACAAACGCAGCAGCGAGCAAUCAUCUGCUGCAACCUCCUCCUCCUCCUCCUCCUCCUCGCGUGCUCUCCUCGCUCGCUGCCUUAACGAGCCCGCGGAGGAGCCGGUGCAAUGGCUGCGUGAGUCGUGGGCGGGAGGGGAUCUGGCUCCUCCUCGCCCGGGGCUCUAUUGUGGCGGUGGCGCCGGCGUCUGUCUAUCUAUAAGGCCCCCCCCCCCCUGCCCCCCUGGCGGCCCUGCGGUGGUGGUGGGCCUCGGGAUACGCGUUUAAAGCCUCGUCCUCGUCCCUCCCUACCCCUCUCUCUCUCACUGCCCCCCGUGCUGGCCCUUGCUGCCCCUCGCUCGCUCGCAGUCCAGUGAGUGGAGUGAGAGCCCAGUCGUGAGUCCAGAGGUUAUUAGAUCGGUUGUGCGUCCGGUUCAUCAUAUCUGGAAGGCAACGGGCAACGGUAAUCCCGAGCCGUUCUCCUCCUGCGCCAACUGCAGCAGAGGCUGAGAGGCAGAGAGAGGCAGAAGCAGCUGCGUCCGGAAGGGUGAUGCUUGUACCACGAGGUCGCCUUUUUCCGAACGUGUCCUGCGCUGCUCCAGUGCAAGUGUGUCGCUCUCACACUCUCUCACACACUCUCUCUCUCUCUCUCGCUCUCGUCUCCCUAGGUCUCUCGCUCGCUAGCUAGCUCCCCGUGGGCCCAUGGCUUUCUCGUAGGAGCAGCAGCAGAAGGGAGUGAGUGAGUAGUAGUCGUAGUAGAGUGUCGUAGGCUUGCUGCUGUGAUCCGCUCUGCCCACCUUCGAGGUUAUUAUAAUUACGCUUCUUGCCCCCUCGCUCGCUCACUCACACCUACAACUAUCGGCAGCGGGUUUUUCAGGCCAGGGUGAGGUGGAAAUCUCCUUUUCUCCAAUCAUUCGGAUCAGUGGUGCUGGACUAGGGGAAGGGGAGGGGAGGAGAGGGGGUGGCGUGAAGCGGGAGGGAGGGACUGGAGUAGAGAAGGAAGGAAGGGAGGAAGGAAGCUCGAGCUGCCAGCUGCUCUCCCAUCCUUCUUCUAUGGAUGCGUCGUGAGGUGAUGUGAGGUGAGAGCUUCUAGGACGAGAGAGAGGAGAGGGGACACCGUGGAUCAGACGCAGAGAGCAGACGCGAGGAGGAGAGGCGAGCAGAUCAGAGGGGAAGAUUGCGACAGUGUGAGUUGGUUUUACUCUCGAGCCUCUCUGGAACCCGAAAGGGGUUGAGAAGGAUCUGAGUCUAAGAGAAUCUCGGUCUACUCCCUCCUCGCUCGUGUGACCAGAGUCAGCUCGGCGGGAGGGGUCGAGGACUGCCCUCGUGGGACGCCCGUCUGCAUCCAAUUCGAAGCUGCAUGCGAGCGACCCAGGUUCGACUUAUUUGCGUAAAGAGCCCAUCCUCUUUGCAUAAUUUUCCCUUCUUUCUUCUCUGUCACAUCGAGCAGCGAGCGAGCGAGCGAGUCUAUUCCUGUAUCCAUCUCCGAGAGCUACCAUCGCAGCUGUAGUUUGCCUCACGGCUCUGGAACUAAACCGUCGGGGAGCUGCUGCCUCUGCUGCUGCUGCUGCUGCUAUUGAAGCAGAUCACACUCACAGGAUGCCAACACUCCUCGCUUUGCACUUGGGCCAAGCGAAGCCCUUCUGAGCGCAGAGUGUGGCAGCGAGCGAGCGAUCAGCAUAAGAAGAAGAAGAAGCCGGUGGUGCACGACUUCUCCGCUUUCGGUUUCGCACGACCUGCCUGCGUUGAAUUUCAGCGGAAGGUCGAAGGUGGUUGGAUCACCUCGCUCGCCAAGGCUGAUCUUGGGACGUCGAAAGUCGACUGUCGAGACCUCUCUCUCUCUCAGCUGGAAGGAGGGAAGAGCUCGGAGGAGGGCUCGUAGGACGGACUCUGUCUGUUAUAAGAGCUUCACGCACUCCCAAGAAGAAGCACUCGUAUUUCUUUAAUGCGCCGGGCGGAUUGACAUUCGAGCUCGUCUCGUCUCGUCUACCUCCGUCUUCUUCCUGCCCCUCGCGAGCUCCCGCAGCAGGCGCCGAGUGGGGCACGCAGAAACGGGGCCGACAUGGGGCACCGCAAGGAGGAGCCCCUGACGGGCGCCAUGACAUUAUUCGUCCUCUUGAGCAUCACGAGCUCGUGCCUCUGGAGCACCAGCAGCGCAGCGGCGGCCUCCUCGGAUUUGGGAGUCCGGACGUACAUCGUGCAGAUGGCGCAAACGCAGCAGCCCGUGGUAUUCAACUCGCACCAAUCGUGGUACGAAUCGACCUUCCACGCCGUGAAGCAGAUGCGCCACACGCAGUCGGUGUUCGCCGUGAACGAGCUGGACGGCAUUCUGCACACGUACUCGACCGUGUUCCAGGGAUUUGCCGCUCGCCUCACGGAGGCGGAGGCCGAAGCCAUGCGCCUGAGGCCCGGAGUGAUGGCGGCGUACCCCGAGCAGGUGCGGCAGCUGCACACGACCCACACUCCAGAGUUUCUCGGGCUGAAUUCGUCUGUGGCCACGGAUUUGACCGAGGAGGCCAAGUAUGGUGAGGAUGUGAUCAUCGGCGUGCUGGACACGGGCGUCUGGCCCGAGAGGGCGUCGUUCCUCGAUCACAAAAUGGGGCCGAUUCCGGCGCGAUGGCUGGGCGGCUGCGCGGACGAGGAAUCGUUUAGCGCCUCGCUCUGCAACAGGAAGCUCAUCGGCGCCAAGUAUUUCGCCAAGGGCUACGAGGCCGCGACGGGGCCCGUCAACACGACGGUGGAGUUCAAAAGCGCGCGCGACGGGGAGGGUCACGGCACGCACACCGCGUCCACUGCCGCCGGUCGCAUGGUCAGCAAGGCCAGCCUUCUGGGCUUCGCGGAGGGCGUCGCGCGCGGCAUGGCCUCCAAGGCGCGACUCGCCGUGUACAAGGUGUGCUGGGAGAGCGGGUGCUACGACUCGGACAUUCUGGCCGCCUUCGAUGAGGCCGUCGCGGACGGCGUGGACGUGAUUUCCCUCUCGGUCGGGGGCGGCGUCGUGCCUUACUAUCUCGACCCGAUCGCCAUCGGCGCUUACGGCGCGAUGAAGAAAGGCGUCUUCGUGUCGUGCUCCGCGGGUAACAGCGGGCCCGGCAGUCUCACUGUGACGAACGUCGCGCCCUGGAUCACCACCGUCGCGGCCAGCACCAUCGACCGCAGCUUCCCCGCUACCGUGACACUCAGCGGCGGGGACGAGUUCCAGGGCACGUCGCUCUACAGCGGGCCCGACCUCGGCGACUCGCUGCACCCUCUGAUCUACGCCGUGAACGCCAGCAAAGCCGGAGUUAACGCCUACAGCGCCAGCCUGUGCCUGGACGGGACUCUGGACCCCGCCAAAGUCAAGGGUCGCAUCGUUCUCUGCGACCGGGGCAGCAACGCGCGUGUCGCCAAGGGCCAGGUCGUGAAGGCCGCGGGCGCGCUGGGCAUGAUCCUCGCCAACCUGCCGGUCGACGGCGAGGGCCUGGUGGCCGAUAGCCACGUCCUGCCCGCGACGGCCGUCGGGGCAAAAGCCGGCGCCAAGAUCAAGGACUACAUUCUGUCGACCAAGUCGCCCAAGGCCAACAUUCUGUUCCGGGGCACGGUGUACGGCGUGCAGCCCGCGCCGGUGAUCUCGUCCUUCUCGUCGCGCGGCCCUAACCCCGAGACGCCGGAGGUUCUGAAGCCGGACAUCACGGCGCCGGGGGUGAACAUUCUGGCCGCCUGGACCGGGGCCGCAGCGCCCACGGGCCUCGAAGGCGACAACCGGACGGUGGAGUUCAACAUCAUCUCCGGGACGUCCAUGUCGUGCCCGCACAUCAGCGGCAUUGCGGCGCUCCUGAAAGGCGCGCGCCCCGGGUGGAGUCCCGCGAUGAUCAAGUCGGCCAUCAUGACGUCGGCCUACGUGGUGGACAACACCGGCGCCCCCCUGGCGGACGAAGCCACGGGCAAUGUCAGCACGCCGUUCGCCUACGGCGCAGGGCAUGUGGACCCCCAGCGCGCCAUGAACCCCGGGCUCGUCUACGACCUCGAGGUGGCCGACUACAUCAAAUUCCUCUGCGCGCUCAAUUACUCGCAGGCUGCAAUUCGCGUCAUCGAUCCAGAUGUGGGCGCAUGCCCGACCAAGAUCGGCAGCCCGAGCGAGCUGAAUUAUCCAUCUUUCUCCACCCUCUUCGAUCAGACCGGCAGCUCGUCCGCCAUGCUCGAAACCACCUUCUCCCGGACAGUGACAAAUGUCGGGCCCGCAAAUUCGACCUACACUGUGGAUGUGGUCGGCCCGAAGAAUGUGAAGAUCACCGUGUCGCCGUCGAUUCUGGAGUUCACGGAGGAGAAUCAGAAAUUGCAUUAUACUAUGAAGGUGUCGGCGCCCCCGGUGAAAUUGCCUCCGGGGACGAUCGGGUCGGCGUUCGGAUUCGUGGCCUGGACCGACGGAAUUCAUGUGGUGCAAAGCCCGAUUGUCAUCAACUGGCAGGAGUCCUUUCCCACGAGUCUGUAGGAUUAGUGUGUAGCUUCUUACGCUCAUUGCGUCGGUGCUGACUAAUUUGGCUUUCAAUAAUCUUAACUCCGUGUAGAGCCGUCGGCCAUUCAUUGUUGAGUUUAUUACAAACUCGAGAGGGGGAGAGAAGGAGAAAGACUGAGAGAUUGAGCUAGCGAACGACCUCCAGGGUCACAGAUUCUUGGGCUUGAGUGGAGAAAGUAGCGUUUAGGAGAAACUUGUACAUUUGCAACCCAACAUUGUCAUGAAAAUUAGUUCUCGACAUUCCACGGCAUGGCCGCGUAUUAAUCUUCGUCGGCCUGCGCCGGGCAGAGGCGUUUCUGAUCGAAAGAAGGCCUCGAUGUCUGCGCCGGCCUCAGUUCUAGGGUCUUGCAGCUGUGCUUUCAAUGUAUUUACUAGGACCUCUAUCCUGGGUUGUUUUAAAGAUGACAAAUUGAAUGAAAAGUAUUUGAUCGCGUGUUCCCGACUUUUAGUUUACGCCCUCCGUUUCCUCUCAUCUCAUAUUCAUUUUGAAUCCAUGACUGCGUCCUGUGGCUUGAGAAUACCGAAAAGCUCCGGCGCGAGGGUCCAAUGACACACAGUAACGUCGAUCACUCUCUGACACAGCUGCUGAAUCAAUCCAGGUGCCUUCUAUGGCCAUCGGAUUGUAGUCGGGGUGCAGUAGAAUUUGUCAAUUUCUGCUCGUUGGUUAAGUUAGAGU